AUCCCGAAUUUGUUUUCCGAUCAAUCUGAUUUGGCUUCCGAUACAUCCCGAAGGGAAGGGAAAGUUGAGGUUGCAGUGCGUUAGAAGCCUCGGCCAAUCAAAAGCCACUACCCCUAAACAGCCGAACAAGCCAUACCGAAUCGAGAAUACGACACCGAAUCUGGAAUACGAAAGCUACCAUCAACAAAGCUAGGCUCUUCUGUCCCAGAACAAAAGGUUUGUACAAGCGAGAUUCCAAGAGUCAAGUUUAUUACAGAUCCAACAAGGUCUUUGCACCAGUACUUGAACUGCUUUUCUUGAGUUUGUACAACAUAAGCCUUUAUCCAGGUGACGACACUUUGGCACUGCUCGUUCGCCACUCCUGUCCUUACCUCUCCUUUUCCCUUUUCUACUCAUUUUUCACACGCUCACUUCUUAUUUCUUGUUAUGCGCGCCACACAUUUUCGAUGAUGAACGACACCCAGAAAACGAGCAGUACGACGCACGACAGUGAAGCCAUGGAGAGCAAAGAAAAGAAAGACAUGGCGGGAACAGACGGCGACAUCGUCUAUCCUUCCGGAAUCAAGCUCGCGCUGUUGAUGCUGUCAAUCUUUACUGCCAUGUUCUUGGUGUCCUUAGAUAAACUUAUUAUCUCGACCGCCAUCCCUCAGAUCACCGACGACUUCAAGUCCGCAGACGAUAUUGGCUGGUAUGGUACUGCGUACUUACUUACGAAUUGCGCGUUCCAGCUCGUCUUUGGCAAGCUGUACAAGUUCCUCCCUAUCAAGGCCACCUUUUUGACAUCCAUACUUCUGUUCGAGGCUGGCUCUGCCCUCUGCGGCGCGGCUCCAAGUUCUAUUGCGUUCAUUCUUGGUCGAGCGCUCGCCGGUCUGGGAGCAGGCGGUGUCCUCGCCGGCACGAUGGCCGUUAUGGUGUAUUCUGUUCCACUGCAAAAGCGGCCCAAAUAUCAAGGAUAUUUCGGUGCUGUGUUUGGCGUCUCAUCGGUACUCGGACCUACUGUUGGUGGCGCCUUUACGACACAUGUUACUUGGCGUUGGUGUUUUUAUUUGAAUCUUCCCAUCGGAGGUGCAGUGAUGAUCUUGAUAUUCUUCUUACUUCACAUCCCCGACCGUGCUGCCAACAAGAUGUCUCCCAAAGAGAAGCUUCAGCAAGUGAACAUCCUGGGCCUACUUGGCCUUAUUCCCGGAAUCGUCUGUCUAUGCUUGGCCCUACAGUGGGGCGGCACUAAAUAUACUUGGGGUAAUGGACGAGUGGUAGCUCUACUUGUGCUUGCUUUUGCACUUUUGAUUUUCUUUGCUCUGGUUCAAGUCUGGAAACCUGAACAAGCUAUUAUUGCUCCUCGAGUUUUUGUCCAGCGCAGUAUCGCUGCCGGGUUUUGGACGAGUAUAUGCAUCGGUGCCCAUCAGACAUUAUUUUUGUAUUACCUUCCAAUCUGGUUCCAAGCUAUUAAGGGCAAGACAGCCGUAGACAGUGGUAUCGAUUUGCUCCCUAUGGUACUCCCCAUUGUCUUUGCUUCUAUUGGCAACGGCGAGCUUGUCUCUCGGAUCGGUUAUUACACACCAUCUCUGAUUUUUGGUGUUUGCCUCACAACAAUCGGCUCUGGUCUCUUCACCACCUUUGAACCCAAUACUUCAACAGGGAAAUGGGUAGGAUAUCAAAUUAUAUACGGCUUUGGUCUCGGUUGCUCCUCACAAGCACCAAACAUGGCUGCGCAGACUGUACUGCCCCGCGACGACGUGGCACUCGGCGCGUCGCUGAUGUUUUUCGGACAGACACUUUUUGGUGCCGUAUUUACUUCAGUGGGACAGAACGUGCUCGAUAACCAGUUGACUAAACGCCUCGCCGGCAUCCCGGGUAUCGAUUCCCGGGUAAUCCAAAGCACGGGCGCUACAGACCUUCUCAAGCUCGUCCCGGCUCAGUAUUACACCACAGCGCUCGAUGCGUAUGAUACCUCGCUGCGUGUGGUCUACAGAGUUGGUCUUUGCAUGGCCUGUCUUGCUAUCCUUGGAGCUGCUUCGAUGGAAUUCCGGACUGUCAAGAAGAAGACCCCACCUAAAGACUUGGAGGGCGAGGGCGCUGCUAAAGAAGCCAAUGGUCAACAUGAUUUGAAACAGCAGGAAGCCACGGAUGCCAUGGAAGGAACCAGCGAGAAAGCAACAGCAGGGGCUUUGAAUAAUGAGGAGAAAAUCGACGGCAGGGAGGCAACUACGGCCGACAGCAGCGAGACUGCACAUACGGUCUCCUAGCGGGUGGAAAAGGCUGAGCGGUAGUCAGACGAGGAGAUGAAAGCAGAAGCUUGGGUGAUGGUAGCUUGAGGGUUAUCCUGUACGAUCUUGGGGGGAAAGAAUGGCUUUUCAUUAGAGUAAUAUUAAGUGGAGGCUGGAAGACAGAUCACUUGCUGGUUGGACCAACUGGAAAUAGAAAGUGACUGGAAAAGUUUAUAUAAUAGUUUGCAAU